AUGGCAACAGAGACUUCGUUGCCAUCAAAUGAGACCCAAGACUACAGUCAUUCCAUUCUCAGAAAUACCACAACUCCAGUGGCUGAGUUCACACCUCCCACCGUCCCUACAACCAUUUACAAAUUUCCCACCAUGGAACCCCUCCGCUUCGAAUCCUACUCCAGCAAAUAUUUGUACCUACCCCUUCGCCGAGAUAUUCUCCAUCGCGCCGUAAUCUUCGAAGGCGACGCUACACGGCAAGGAACAGCCAGCACUAAAACCCGAUACGAGGUACACGGCUCACACAGAAAAGUACGGCCGCAGAAAGGAAUGGGUAAGGCACGUCUUGGGACGAGACAAUCACCCGUGAUUAGAGGAGGUGGGAAAUCCUUUGGUCCUCACCCAAGAGACUUUUCCACGGAGCUGCCAAGGAAGGUCUAUGACCUGGCUUGGAGAACGGCGCUGAGCUGGCGGUAUAGGAAAGGAGGGUUGAUUAUAUGCGAGGAUGGCAUGGAUAUCGAUUAUUUGAAGGCGCGAUAUGCGAAGCGGAUUUUCGAUCACAAUCAUUGGGGGAAUGCAUAUGGCCGUUCUCUUGUGGUCACGAAUUCAUACAGGAAGAACCUUUUUGGGGCUAUGCAAGACCUUGGUUCUGAGGGCAGGGUGCAAGUGGUAGAUGAUGUGGAUGUUAAGGACUUGCUGGAGCAGGGAAGGAUCAUUAUCGAGAAGAGCGCGUUAGAUGAGAUUCUGCGGCAACAUCAGAGUGACUUGGUUGCCAAAGUCAGGACGGGUGUAUAG